AAAUCAAAUGUGACCUAGCCUUGUAGAUCAAUCAUUUCCAAUAGCGAUCGUGCGCGACUAAGUUUCUUGUAGAUGUGUUAUUGACACGUCGCUUUCCUCAGAAAUAUUUAAUUUAUUAGCGAGCCUUCUUCCUCGAAGGAUAUGAUACGCAAUAACAAAAUGUCUCACAGAGAACAUGAUAAAAGUAGGCUAAGCUUCUAGGCCUAUCGUUAUAGACCUAUUUGAAACUAUGUUUGCGUAAUUUGCCUGACAACGCGAAAGGCGGUCUUCCAGAGCUUCGGUAAAUUGGCUUGUCUUCUUCUGAUUAGUAAGGCCUAGUGCAGAAAACCUUUACAACGCAAAAUUACAACGAGGAAAUACAGAAUUUAACGUUUAGCUGGCGCCUGAAAGUCGAACAAAAAGACCAUAAACCAUGAGCUAUCCAGGAUACCCUCCUCAAGCCGGUGGCUACCCACCCCAAGCCGGAGGCUACCCACCCCAAGCCGGAGGCUACCCACCCCAAGCUGGAGGAUACCCACCCCAGGCUGGAGGAUACCCACCUCAGGCAGGCGGCUAUCCCCCUCAAGCAGGGGGUUACCCCUCUCAGGCUGGAGGUUACCCCCCUCAGGCUGGUGGCUAUCCUCCACAGCCUGGAGCUGGAGGGUACCCAGCCAUGCCCCCAGCAGGUAGUUGGGGAGGUGGUGCUGGUUUCCCCACCAUAGGUGUUGAUAAUCUGUCCAACCCUGGAUUCAACGCAGGCAAUCUCCCAGGCAUGGCCAACCAGAUCUCAUCAUCCAUGGGGGGCUUUAACCCCAACCCUGCCAUGUUCACCCCUGGUGGGUACCCCCAACAUUCCCCCCAGGCCCCUAACCAACAGCCCCAUGGCCUGUACCCACAGCCAGGUGGGCAGAUGCCCCAGACUCAAGGCCCAGGCAUGGGCUACCCAGGCCAGCCCAUGCCUGGCUACCCACAGGCACCCUCACCCAACCCCUCCAUGCCUGGUUACGGAGGAGGACCAGCGCCUAACCAGCCCAUGCCAGGGUACCCUCGUGCCCCGUCGCCCAACCCGUCCAUGCCAGGAUACGGAGGUGGAGCCAUGCCCGUCGCUCCUGCCAUCAACAGAGGAUUCAGGGGAAGCAUCAAGGAUUAUCCAGGAGCAGACCCCCUGAGAGAUGUGGAGGUUCUGAGGAAAGCCAUGAAGGGCUUUGGUACUGAUGAACAGGCCAUCAUAGACCUGCUAGGAAGUCGCUCCAACAGACAGCGUGUCCCCAUGCUCAUGGCCUUCAAAACCUCCUACGGAAAGGAUCUGGUUAAGGAUCUUAAGUCCGAGCUGUCAGGGAACUUUGAGAAGCUGGUGCUGGCCAUGUUGAAGACUCCAUCCCAGCUUGAUGCCUACGAACUGAAGGAAGCCAUUAAGGGCGCAGGGACAGACGAGGCCUGUCUGAUAGAGAUCCUGUCCUCUCGCUCCAAUGCAGAGAUCAAAGAGCUCAACCAGGUCUACAAGACAGAGUAUAAGAAGUCUCUGGAAGAUGCCAUCAGUGGGGACACCUCAGGACAUUUCCGUAGACUCCUCAUCUCUCUGGCCCAGGGUAAUCGAGAUGAAAGAGAGACAGUGGACAUCUCUGUAGCUAAACAAGAUGCUCAGGCUCUGUAUGCUGCUGGGGAGAACAAGGUGGGAACUGAUGAGUCCAAGUUCAACGCCAUCCUGUGUUCUAGGAGCAAACCCCACCUCAGAGCAGUGUUCCAUGAGUAUCAGCAGAUGUGUGGCAGAGACCUAGAGAAGAGCAUUGACAGAGAAAUGUCUGGAGACCUGGAGAGUGGAAUGGUGGCCGUGGUCAAGUGUAUUAAGAACACACCCGCCUACUUUGCAGAGAGACUCUACAAGUCCAUGAAGGGGGCCGGGACCAAAGACAAAACCCUGAUUCGGAUCAUGGUGACGCGUUCUGAGGUGGACAUGCUGGAUAUCCGUCAGGAAUACGUCAAGAACUACGGCAAGUCGCUCUACACAGACAUCUCUGGAGACACCUCAGGGGACUAUAAGAAACUGCUGUUAAAGCUGUGUGGAGGGAGCGACUAGAGGGACCAUGUCAGCUCUCUACGGGAUCUCCUCCACACUAUAUCCAUUUACUGACUGGCCUAUAAUAUAAUCAUUAUCAUAAUAUGUGCCAUUCUGCCACUCUGUCUGACUGUCUUCCUCUGCACCACAAUCAGCAGUUCUGCAUGCCAUGCCAUCCAUUUUUUCAAUGCAACUGUUGUCACAUGUUAUGAUAUGAGAACAUCAUGUCCUAAAGCUGUUCCUUUUCUAUAUUUUUAUGAGCAACAAAGUAUAUAUUUUUCAAUAAGUUUUCCUUUGAUUGGUAUUAUAUCUUAGUCUAUCUGAAAAUGCCCUUAAAGGUACAAUGUGCAACAUUGAUUAGAUUUGGAAUUUAAAUCAAUAUAUAUAUAUUUUUUAAAGAUAUAUUUUAUUUGAACCAGCCUGUGCCAAUAUUAUGCGUAUCUAAUUGUACAAGUUAAUUCAGUACUAAUUGAUUUAGCUGAGCAGUGUUCAAUACGUUACUCUGAUAAGAAUAAUUAGCAGCUAAAAUACCAAAGUGGUCAGUUUAUAUUUAAGCAGUUAAUGCCCGAGUGGGUGUGAUAUAUGGCCAAUAUACCACGGCUAAAGGAUGUUCUGAAGCAGUACCUGGAUACAGCCCAUGAUAUAUUGGCCAUAUACCACAAACCCCUGAGGUGCCUUAUUGCUAUUAUAAACUUGUUACCAAUGUAAUUAGAGCAGUGAAAAUAAAUGUUUUGUCAUACACGUGGUAUAUGGUCUGAUAUACCACGUCUGUCAGCCAAUCUGCAUUCAGGGCUUGAACCGCCCAGUUUAUAAUUGUGUUUAUAUGGUGUGUGUACACUAUCACUGUUGUUUACUUUCCUUUACACUCAUGUGUUUUCUGCUGUUUGCUACAAGUUGAAGUUUCAACUUUUUAAUGGUGCACAAGUACAGGGAAAUGUAUUUUUCUUUGAGCAUAUCUGUCAAUAUAACUCCAAACGUAAACCUCAUUGCAUCACAAUUCAGUAACGGUGCUCUGAUGAUGACUACAUCUGAAAAUAAAUGUUGAGAAGCACG